GCCCCGGUGUCCUGGCAACGCCCGCCGCCGGGUAGAGCGGCACAGACAUGUCGGCGCGGACGCUGCCGCUGCUGUUCCUCAACUUGGGCGGGGAGAUGCUGUACAUCCUGGACCAGCGCCUGCGCGCCCAGAGCAUCCCGGGCGAGAAGGCGCGCAAAGUUAUGAAUGACAUCAUCACAACCAUGUUCAAUAAAAAGUUUAUGGAAGAGCUCUUUAAACCACAGGAACUCUAUUCUAAGAAGGCUCUGAGAACAGUAUAUGACCGGCUGGCUCAUGCUUCAAUCAUGAGGCUGAACCAGGCGAGCAUGGACAAGCUGUAUGAUCUUAUGACUAUGGCUUUCAAAUAUCAAGUUCUACUCUGUCCUCGCCCCAAAGACAUAUUACUUGUCACUUUCAAUCAUCUGGAUGCAAUCAAGGAUUUUAUACAGGACUCCCCUACCAUUCUGAACCAAGUGGAUGAAACAUUUCGACAGUUGAUUGAUAUGUACAGUUGUCUCUCUGCUGGUGAAUUUCAGCUGAUCAGGCAAACUCUCCUUAUUUUUUUUCAGGAUAUGCACAUCAGGGUGUCCAUCUUUCUGAAGGACAAAGUGCAAAACUCGAAUGGUCGUUUUGUGCUGCCAAUCUCGGGUCCUGUUCCAUGGGGGACAGAAGUUCCAGGACUCAUCAGGAUGUUUAAUUGCAAUGGAGAUGAAGUUAAAAGAGUUGAAUUCACCAGUGGUGGGAAUUAUGUUAUUCCACAAAGAGAAGGCUCUUUUGAUCUUUAUGGAGACAGGGUCCUUAAACUGGGCACAAAUAUGUACAGUGCGAGUCGGCCAGUGGAGACUCACAUGUCUGGAGCAUCCAAGAGUUUAACAUCUCACACAAAGGAGAAUGCAGCCCCUAACCCUCUUGCUAAGGAAGAACUGAACUUUUUGGCUAGAUUAAUGGGCGGUCUUGAGAUCAAGAAACCCAGUGGCACUGAGCCAGGAUUCCGAUUAAACCUAUUCACCACAGAUGAGGAGGAAGAACAUGCAGCAUUGACCAGGCCAGAAGAACUGUCUUAUAAAGUUAUCAAUAUACAAGCAACUCAGGACCAAGAGCGGAACAAGGAGCUGGCUCAAAUCAUGGGGGAAUUUGAGGUGACGGAUCAGCCCAGACAGAGCACCAGCAAGGGAGACGAUUUGCUGGCGAUGAUGGACGAGCUGUGAUAUUCCAUCUCCCAAAGGCACAGGCAGGACAUGGAGCUGCCUCUAGUCACGUAGUUUGACACGGCCAAACCCUGCUGCUGUUACAGAUCCCAUCUGUUAGUUUUGGGACUGAUGUGCCUAGGCCCGCAUGUGGCACCAGAAGCAGGCUCUGGGGGCUACUGGUACAUGCUCUGCCACAGGCAGUCUGGUUUUAAAUGUGGCAUUUUACAUAUUUGCUUCCUUCAUCUUCUGUCAAAGCUCUAGGCCAUCCCAUGCCAGGGAUGCAGCUGCCCAGUAGCUGAAACGAAAGUGCGGAGCGGUCCUGUUCUGCCCGUAUCCUCCUCUGCUGGAGACCAGGUUCUGUCCAUGUCCUUUACUGUGAGAAGUGGGAGCUGGUGCAGUGUCUACCAGCCAGUGCCUGGCUCUCAUGGAUGGGGGAAGGAACCACUCCUCCUACAUCCAGCAUCAUUGUCAGAUGUGUGUAUCCAUGUGUCCAGCAUCACACAGAAGACACCUGGGCAGCACACAGAUGAAGCAAGUCACAGGAAGUGCUCUGCUCCAGCCUGGGCAGUGUCCGUGUAGCUCCGUACAUACCAGGGCUACCCCAGGGCCCCCAUGCGAUGUACUGCUGUCCACCUUGGUCCCUGCACAAGCAGCACCUGCAGUAGGGCUCCCUGUGGCUGUUGCGUGCUUCAACCCCCGGCAUCUGCACCCUCUGGCUCCUAGUGCUGUGUCUGAUGGUGACCCCUGCCAUGGGCUCAUGGGGUCGCUCCAGCUGGUGAUCUUUUGCCCUGGAUUACAUUUGUGUAGAGGAUUUAUGAACGUACUUCCUGUACUGUGUUGGCCUUGUAGUGUAGACAAUGCAGUCGUGACUGUUCUAGGUGAUCUGUGCAUUGCGCUCUGUCAUCAUCAGGCACAGAACAGCUCCCUGGUUGGUAACGGCUGCACCAAGUCGUGUCUCGACUUGCCUCUAUGUUUCCAGGGAAAUAUCAUUUCCUUUCCCUGGAAGUUACUGUAUGUACUGUGACCAAGCGCUGGUGUUGGGGGAGGUCUCCUGUGGGGAGGAAUAAAAAGAAAGCUAGGCUUGUGUUUCAGAGUACCACAGAAACCAGAAUAAACUUCAGUGUGUCGGUG